AUGCCGCUUAACCGCUCGCCGUUGCAGGCGUCUACAUCGGCGCGCCGAACAAACUUACAACAUUGCGACUCGGAACCAAAUAUACAUACUACCCCCGAAAAGGAGUAUUAUAUAAACACCGGUCCAAGGAAAAGAAAACAUAGUAAUGAUACUUCGAAUGAAUUAAGUAUGAUUCAUGACAAAUUCCUAUCAUUGUUCACGUCUUUCAAAAAUGAGCAAGACAGUAAAUAUUCCAUAAUUCUUGAACGUAUGGGGGAGAUUAAACAACAGAACGAGGAAAUACGUCAUUCGAUUAAUUUUAUGUCCGAUAAAUACGAUUCGCUUUUGGAAAAAGUCCACAACCUAGAAGAGCAAAACAGUGCUUACUACAAGCGUAUUCAAGAAUUAGAAGAGAAAUUCGAGCGUGAAACCCAUGCUACGAAAAUUGAAUUACGCAACGUCCCAAAGGAAACUCAUGAAACCAAGGAUGAUUUAUUAAAUAUUCUGAAAAAGACAGGUGGAGUCCUGGGUUCAACACUUUAA